CAUGUGGGACCUGCGUGGUGAGGAAGUGAGAAACCCUCAGAAACUUCACUGACACACCGAGAAGGAAAACGCUUCCAGGGAUGAACGACAACGCACAUUAUCCUCCUCCGGACUUCGGCGUUCCUCAGCCGAACUCCUUCCAGCAGCUGCCCCGGUCCAGCAGCUUCCAGCCCGGCAUGUGGAGCUGGAGCGAGACCCCCACGGAGAGCUCCUCCUGGGGCGAGCAGGCUGGCUGGCCCCCCGGGGCGUCGGGCCAGGCACACGGUCGACCUCACCGUCCAUACGGUCAAAAUGUUGGCCGUGAAUGGCAUCAAGGUGGACAUCACCGUGGGAGACAGAAUCACGGACCUGCCAACGGACAGGGGCAAAAGCAGAGAAAUAAGAAAGAACCAGAGUUUUCCCAUUUCUGUGACACCUGUGAACGAGGCUUCAAAAACCAGGGCAAGUAUGAUGAACACAUGGCGCAACAUGUCAAGUGUUCUGUGCCCGACUGCAGCUUUACAGCUCACGAGAAAAUAGUCAGCAUCCACUGGAGAAAUAACCAUGCACCAGGAACAAAAAGAAUCAAACUGGACACAGCAGAGGAGAUUGCAAAAUGGAAAGAGGAGAGGCGCAAGAACUAUCCAACACUCCAGAAUAUUGAAAAGAAGAAAAAGGUGAUGGUGGCACGGGAGGAGACAGGAGGCGUUCUAGAGACGGCUCAGUUUGGACGAAUGAGAGGCAGAGGACGAGGACGAGGACGAGGACGGGGUCGGGGUCAGGGUCGAGGUCGUGGUCGUGGCUGGGGUAACAGAGGGUUCCAGGAGCAACAACCACAAGACCCUCACCCACCAAACAGCAGAGCUACAGAGAGACCUCCACCAAUCCCACAGCCUGGCAGGGCCGGGGAUCCUCUGGGGGCACUGGCCAGCAGCGACCAUGAUUCUGACAGAGAGGAUCCAGCAGCUGAAUCCAGGACUGGCAGCCUGGUUGUGGCCCCUAAACGGAUGAGCUCAGCUCUGGGCUCCUUGGUGGCAAACUACGGCUCCUCGAGUGACAGUGAAAGUGAUGAAGAACCAGAGUCUGCCCCUAUUCAGAAAGCUAAAGACCUUCUGCAAGAAAACCAGCUUCUUCUGAACACAUUAACACCAGGACACCAGUCGCAGGACAGGGGGCCCCAUACAAGCAUGGAGGUUUCGUCACAAACAAACUCAGCCUUCCUGCCUGACUCUGCUCCGUACACACCUAACGGCCCCAGAGGAAGGGGAGGAAGAGGAGGAAGAGGAGGAAGGGGAAGGGGCGGUAGACACCAUGAUGCGCUGCAGAAGCGUCGUUCUACUCUACUUGAGAUGUUACUCGCUCCAGAUAUCCGCCAUGAGAGAAACGUCCUCCUGCAGUGCGUGCGCUACGUUGUCCGCAAUCACUUCUUCGGCCUGGAGAGCACACCUCAUCUCGGGGAGGGGAACCGAGCCACAGCAGCUGGAGAGCGUCAGAUCACAAAGGCAUCAGAUGAAAUCCGGGCCGUGUCCCAGUCUGCCUCUCUGAGGGGUGGGGAGAGAAUCCCUGACGUUGGCAAUCAGGAGGGUUUAAAAACAAGUAAAUGUGUUGUAGUCGACCCAUAUUUGCCGCAGAACGGUCAGGACCAGGAUUUACUCACCGACCGGGUUCGCUCAGAACAAUCGGACGAUCCUUCCGUGGACUCGGCAGCAACUAGUGAGCAGACUGGAGGAAGUCUCAUCCAAAAUAAUGUCAGCAACGGCCACAGCCUCAGUUUGCAAAUCCCAGAUACAAUCACAUCUGCUGCCAAUCUGUAUGAUGAUGAAAUAUGGGAGAGCCCUGGUGCUGUUUUGUGAACUACUUUCAAAUUACUGUAGAUUUUUGUUAGAAAACACAAAUUUGUGUCAUUUAAAGUUUAUGUUCAUAUGCUUCUGUCCACAGAUAUUAUUGUUGUUGGUAUGACUUAUAUUUUUCAACACACUGUGUACUUAACAGAGACUCUUUUCUUUAUAAAUAAUUAUCCUGUCAAAUUUGUCCUGAUUUUGUUUUUGAACUUUAAUCUCAAUAUACUGUUAUAUUCAAUAAAUCGUUAUUAUUCUA